AUUUUAUAGAAGAUAAUGUUUAAAAUUUCGUAAUCGUUAACAAUAUGAACAUGCUGUGUAAGGAAAAUAUUUUCUCGUCCCAAUAAACGAAAAUCCAUGCGAAAUAUCAAAAGGAGUUGGCUAAUCCGGUCGCGUGACGGGAACUCAGUAAAAUUUAAGUAUAACCCUAAAUCUCGUCUAGAAUUUGGCUAUUAACUGGACAGGAUAUAUAAUAAGAAAUUUCAAGAUUAUCACCAAAAGGCUGGGAUUAAAAGUAUGGCGCUCAAAAUGUUACAAAACGCCCAAAAAGUGACGAGGAAUCACAGCGUUAGAUUCUCCAACGAUGAAAUGCCGAAAUUCAAGUCGCUUGAUUCACCCGAGAUGAACAAUGGCUUCACCCAGAGUAUAGACUCCGGGGCGCCCAGCCCUGACUGUGGGUAUCAGCCAGCGGCUCAGAGGUAUCGACUAAACGAACAACGCAUAAAGCUGCUAACAGCUAUCAACGUGGUGGUGCAGCAGCGAGCUGAGUUGGAAGCGAAUAGGAGCACUCUCUCCAAUAUGCUGGACGAGAUGAGAAGGAAAUUGAAGAGAAGAGUGGAGGAAUGCCAUCUAGAGAAGAAAGAGAAGAUGAAGGCGCUGAAACAAGCCAAUCAGCGUCUAGAGCGCGAGAAGUUCAGCAUCGUAUCAGAGCUGGAACACCUACAGAGGCACCUGGAAAAGGAACAAGCCCACCACGUGCAGCACGCGAGGAAUGCCACCGCACAGGCCAUCCAAGGUGUGACAAGGACGGUAGAUCAUCUCUUCGCUCCGUGUUCUAUGUCUGAACUGCCAAAUAUUGUCAGCAGGAAUGUCGCCAAGAACGCACCCUCGAGGAAUGCUGACAACAAGUUAGCUGCUGUGCGCCUGAUGCGUGACAUCGCUGAUCUAAGACAACGAGUCGCUGCUGUGGAGGCAAGACUUGCCAACGAGCUCAAAUGUAUUUCCAGCGUAAACGGCAGGCUGAGGUCGACAUUGUGCGAUUGAGGAAGGAGCUGUCUUCCACCAAGAGCUGCAUGGCGUCGCUGAGACUCCCAGGAAGGAAGACCUGUUCCAAAUUCGUCUGAUCAAGACAUUCAGACCAACUUAGCACAAGUUUCUACACUAUUAAAUGAUUUCUUUUAUUUAUAUUUUUUUUUCUGUGUAUUAAUUAUAAAUUAUGUUUCCGUAUUGUUUCUGCCAAAAAAAAAAAAUGGAGUGAAUAGAACGAUGUCUAUAGAAGUUUUUUUUAAUAAAAUUAAAUAUUAUUUUAUUUAUUAUUUGUGAAAUC